AUGAACAAUAUCGGAAAUUUUAAUAAUGGUCCACCUGCUGCACUAAUGUCCUUUCCAUUUCCUAUGCAUAAUCCACAACAGCAUCCGUCACUAAUGGAACAAACAUAUAUGAAUCAAACACCACAACAUUUUCAAUCCCAGCCGCCUCGUUUUUACAAUUCGAGACCAGCAAUGCAACCACCAAAAUCUGAAAAACGCAAACAAGAAAUAAUAACAUGUGAUGCCUGUGGGAUUGAAGUUAAUUCACAACAAAUGAUGGAUGCUCAUAUUCGUGGUCAAAAACAUAUUAAAAAAAUGAAACUUAAAAUAUCAACUGUGACUUCACCAACUACCACUGAUGUUGAACAAAAACCAUUAUGUCUACCUGUAGAACCCGUAAUGAGCACACCAGUUGAACCUGUACUAUUGGCUGAGCCAAAUCCACCUCCUCCAGCUUCUAUGGUUGUUAAACCAUCAUCAACUAGCGACAAAAGUGUUUUACAAUUACUGAACGAAUUAGCAAAAUUUAAUAAAGUAAAUGCUAAAUAUGACUUAGUUAAAGAAACUGGCCCGGCACAUUGUAAACAAUUUGAAAUACGAUUAACAAUUGCUGACGAAGCUUAUACAGGUAUCGGAACAAGUAUUAAACGAGCCCAACAAGUUGCUGCGGAACAAGCGUUACAAACAACGGCAUUAAAAAGACCUGAACUGACACAACGUGGAUCACAUUCAGCAAGAACAUCGCGUGGAGGAGCUGGCCGAGGAACGUACUCAAACAUUCGUCAGCAAUAUCCACCACCGCCACCACAACAACAACAACAGCCACGACCAAAACCAUAUACACCCACAGGAGGACAACAACAAGCAGUGUCAAAUAAUGAAAAUUUAUUUCAAAAUUUAAUUAAUCAUAAAUGUGAAGAAAUCUGUGAAAAUGAAAACACAAUAAUAACCUUACAUCGUUUUGUUGAGGAUAUUGAACGAGCAUUAAAAACUGUAUCUGAUAAAAUCAUGGAAACUUGCAAAUUGAAUAAUGUUACUGUUGUACCACAAUUACCAGACAAUGUUAAAUUAAAUAGUGUCGAACAACUUAAUGAAGAUCCAAGUGAAUCAUUCCGAAUGUUAAAAGGUGCUAUGAAAGUUUCAACAUUAGCUAUGCGUCUUUUCCUUAAAACCGAUUAUGAAUAUUCAUUAGUACUUAUAUGUGCUAAUAAGCCAACUGUAGCAUUACUCAAUGAAGUUUGUCAAGAAUUAAGUAUUGGAUUAAAUGCUCAAGCUAUAGCAGCUAUUCAACUAGAUUCAAACGCAGAACAAUCAACACCAAUAAGCUAUCAAGUACAAGCAGAUAUUCAUGAUGCGUGUCUUACUGUUCAAUGCAGUCUUUUGCCGAACCAUAUAAUUAAAAUUAUGUUAACAUCACCAGUAUUUCGCAGUGAAAAUUUUCUUAAUCUCGAUGAUAUGAGUGGUCAAGAAAUAGCUGAUUUAAAUCCGGAUCCAAUCGAUAUGUUAGAUAAAAAUAAAUGUUUAGAAACAGCAGCUGAAAUACGUCAUUCCAAUUGGUUUUCCCGAUGUAUGCUUGAAAAUAAUUCAAAUUUAAUUGUUCUUCGGCUUCUGCGAGAUUUGCAAUAUAAUCAAACGCCAUUAUCAUCGCUUAAUCUUUGGUGUCUUACUUUACUUGUUUACAAAUGUCAAUACCAACCACCGAACUCACCAACGAAUUUGUUUCGUUCAGUAUUUGCUUGUUUAAGUAGUGGUAUUCUUUUACCAAAUCGUAUUGGUCCUGGUAUAAUUGAUCCAUGUGAAAAAGAAGUUGUUGAUGCCACCGCUUAUUUAACCACAGAGGAACGUUUUAAUUUAACAAACUAUGCGCAAACUAUACUUCGUUUAAUUAGUUUUGAAAAAUAUGAUACACUAUUUCAUUUGAAAUCAAAUCAAACCGGACAAUCGUCAAAUGAUUUAGCAUUAGACAAUAACAAUUUCGAACAAUAA